AACUGGGUGAACGCAUCAUAGCGACGAGGGACAGCAGAGCUGUACUUAUCCUCCAAUCCAGUUGGUGGCGGUAAUGAAGAGAAAGUACACAAACCUCGCAUGUCUCAUUGAUAGGAGUGUGUUUACUGGGAUUCUUCCCCUUGUUUUUCUCUCAAUUCGCGAGGUUUUAAGUGAUUUCUUCCUAUAAUGGUGUGUACCUGCGUCAUUCAGGGCUGCGGGAAAAGACCUGAGCCGUACGUGAGAAACUUGCAUGGAUUCCCGAAUAACUUGGAGACAAUAAAAGCCUGGAAUGACUUCGUGAGGAGGACCAGACCCACUUGGAAUGGCAACACUCCUUCAUCGAGGGUCUGUAGCGAGCAUUUCCAGCCAGAUUGCUAUAAAAACCACAUGGCCUGGUCGAUGAAAUGGGUUAGGACGCUGGAUCUGAAAGACGACUUUCAGGUCCCCACAAUAUAUCCUGCAGCGGUUAAGAAAAGUCCUGUAUUACUUGCCAAGGAUGACCGUAAAGCAGGCAGAGACAUCAGCCCGAUCCCACCGGGUAGUUCCACCAUGCUCGCAUCAGUAGAAAUAAAAAAAGAGGAGGAGGAAUCACCCUGCCCAGGAGCCACAAUGCCACCUCCUAUUCAGGAAUGUCAUGUAAAGGCCGAGUACCAGGUGAUGUACUUUGUAAGACAUGUGGCGUCCCAGACCGACCCUCCGUCCAUUUCCCCAAACACACGAUCAGUCGGCACACAGGUGACCAGGAUACCCCGGCAAAUUAAAGUUCAAACUACAGGCUCGCAGGUGAUAUUUAAUAGUCAACAUCGUAUUAUCUGCUCAGACCCCUUAAAGUCACCACUGCUGCUCCUACAACCAACUCUGGUAAAAAGACCAUCCAAGAGACUUCGACUUGGACUGGAAUAUGAGGAGGAAGCAGUUCAGGACAAGACCAGUUCAACGUGAACCUGUGGACCGUUCUGGUGCAGCAGUCAUACCUCUUGGACCAGAGAACAAAAAAAGCACAUGUUCAUGUAGCUUUUGUCUUUGGUGCGGGGAAAAUAUUUAUCUAGCACCUUGUCAAAAAUGGCAUAAUACUAAGUUUUAUGUCACCACUAGAAACUGCGAUGCUUGCUGGGAUAGAAAGCUCAGUUCUAUGUCAAUAUCUCUUAGCAAUCUGCAUUGAAGAAUUACCUUCAUUUCUUGUUAUAAAUGUGCGUAAACCUCAAAACAAAACCUCCCUUCUUUUAGGGUUUUUUUCCCCAACCAAUUGGUUGGAAACUGACCAUAGCAACAUUAAUAGGCCUCUCUGUUGAGAGCAACGCCAAAAACACUAUGUUCAAAUAGAAACACUAAGCAGAUUUGAAUAAAAGGAUAGCUGCCCAUGCUGAGGGGUCUAAAUCACCCAGUUGAUUGUAAUGACAUUCUUCCAUCUUUUCUCAGUGAAAUAGUCAUACUUUUCCUUGUCAAACUUCAAGAAAUGGUUCGUUUUCCAGUACUUUAAUUCAAAAAAAAAAAUUACAAAGCUAAAUUUACUUUAGGUGCAUACCUUUGAUUUAAAAUGUAAUUUUUCAGCACUUUACAUGUAAAGUGCAUUACAGCACUACUUCAUAGUUAUGUAAAAAAAAAAGAAAGAAAUUCUAGCAGGGCUCCAUAAAGCAAGCAAACAUAAAAGCAUUCAAUAAUAAACAUACUGUAAGGCUGUGUUAUUAUUGCUGCAUGUUUUAUAAUGUUCACUGUGAUAAAAACUACAAGAACUUCUCUUAGUGGAAGCGGAGGUCAUGCGUUUCCAGUGGAAAUGCUGAAGGAAUCGCCCAGAUGAGUAAACCCAGUGUCACGAUUCAGGAGUCUCAGCAAGUCCUGGAAGCUGGUGUGUGAAGAUGCACUAAGAUUUAGAUCCCUCAUUAGUUUUAACCUUUUCAUAAAAGUCCCUUUCCUUUUAAUUUUUAUGUCAUAGAUUGGAGUUAGUAGAAACUUUUACAUGAUUGUCAAACCUGCCUAAUACUACCACAAACGCAUCACUAUGAAUUACUUGAGAAGUUGUUUUCAGUAGUUACAUACAUCGCCUAAAUUUCUAUUUAAUAAAUAAGCAAAUGAAAACUUUUAAUUUUGCUUUAGUGAGAAUUAAAUGUUCACUAAGACCACUAAAAAUGCAUGUUUGAUAGGUUAGGGCCUACACCAGAUUUCAUAAUUUUGCAUAAUUUAUUUUCCCCAACUUUAAAAUGCUAAAUAAUUUAUUCUUAAAUUAUUUUCACCUGCUGAGCAAUAAUUUUACACAAUAUUCUUAAUUUUGUGGAAAAUAAUUUGUAGAUCUCAAAAAGUGUGAUAAAAUGUUCGCCUUAAUAAAGUAGAGAUUUUGCUUGG